AUGGGUCCGCCAGCCUUCCGGUGCCAUGUGUUCUACCAAAUAGCACUUCUUCUCUUUGGUGCACCUAUCCUUGUCUCCGGCAAUGAAGAACGCUGUCAAACCAUUGGGAUUAACGUCUUUCUUGGUUCCUGUAAUUUCACUCGAAUUCCCUAUCUGAAAAGUUUCACACAAUUCGCUGAUUUAAGUUACAAUUACAUUCAGGAACUAAACUCCACGUCGUUCCCACUUCUGGAGAAAAUGCUGGUCCUCUAUCUUGGCGGUCAGGAAACUAAGAAGCUUACAAUACAUAAGAACAGCUUCAGAAAUUUACCAAACCUCAUUACUUUAGAUUUAUCCUUUAAUAAAAUACUCGUAUUGGAUCAGGAUGCCUUUGCCGGCUUGUCCAAACUUGAAACUCUUCUCUUAACCUUCAACAAUCUAAACAGCUCCAUUCUGGAAAAUGACUAUUUUAAGGAUCUGCUUAGUUUGGAGUUACUAAAGCUGUCUUUUAAUCAGAUAACAUAUCUAAAGCCCAACCCCCUGUUUUAUCGUUUGCACAACUUUAAAAUGCUAAGCUUAGAUGACAACAAAAUAACCAGAAUUUGUGAGGGAGAUCUCCACAGCUUUGAGCUGAAGACUUUUACUUUCUUUGACCUUUCAAAUAAUAACCUUGGUUGGCUAGAUGCCAGCGAAUGGAACAAAUGUGGAAAUCCUUACCGGAAAAUAAAUUUUCUCACGUUGGCCAUGUCUAGAACGGCAUUAAAUGAAAAAGCCAUGAAAUCACUGAGCAGCGCUUUAAAUGGAACCAAAAUUCAACAGUUACAACUUAGUAAUCACUUAAUGGGCCCUGGGUUUGGCUAUCAGAACCUCAGGGAUCCAGAUAAUUCAACUUUCGCAGGUUUGGUCAACAGUGAUCUUCUGGUUCUGAACAUGUCAAAGGGAUCGAUCUUUUCUUUGAAGCCUUAUGUGUUUGCAAAUCUUUCCAGCUUGCUACGGCUUGACCUCUCAACGAAUAGAAUAAAUCGUAUUGAGCCAAACGCCUUUCAAGGGCUGCACCAACUUCUUUUCCUACAUCUUUCUAAUAAUUUAUUGGGGGAAAUAUACACCAAUACAUUUGAUGGCCUCACAAACAUGCAUAAAAUAUACUUAAACAACAAUCAUAUAGGGCCAAUUCAACACGACUCUUUUAUGAAGCUUCUGCAUUUAAACCUUGUAGACCUGCGUGGCAAUGCCAUUAUAUCCGUUGUAUUUUGUGAAAGUAUCAAGCACCUUAAUUUUCUAAAUCUGAGGGAGAACAAGCUGAAAAAAAUUGACAGCGAUCCAUUCAAAUCUGACAUCAUUGACUUAGCGGAGAAUCAGUUGGGAGACCUUGGAGUGCUGCACAAGUUUCUACAGAUCACCAACCUAACUGCGAUCUCUUUGAAACAAAAUCGAUUGUCUACCUGUUAUCCUUUCCACCAAAUCCCAACAAAGAAUUCCCUCUCCUACCUAGAUCUGUCUAACAAUAUGAUACAACUAAUUUGGGGAAAUGCACAGUGCCUUGACGUGUUUCGCAACCUAUCUGCUCUUACGGAUUUACAUCUCUCCAACAACUAUCUUCAGUUUCUUCCAGAUGGCGUUUUUAUGGGACUGACCUCUUUGGAACACCUCAACUUGUCUUCUAACUUUCUAAAGCAUCUAAUGCCAGGUGUUUUCCCCAGAGGUUUGGUGACUUUAGAUAUUUCAUACAACCAGCUGCUUUCACCAAACCCAGAAGUUUUUUUCUCUGUGAAGAGCCUUAGCAUUGGGUUUAACCAGUUCAUCUGUGACUGCACCCUUAUAAAUUUCCUAUUAUGGUUAAACCAAACUAACACUACCGUGGAAGAUCCUCCUAAUAUUUUCUGCUCCUACCCUGAAAAUUUUAUGUACACAUCUCUUUACACUCUAACAUACGAAGACUGUGAUGAUGAAAUAUUGAUAAGGCAUCUUAGGUUUUCUUUGUUUGUGUUUACCUCUAUCGUUCUUGUAACUUUUUUGACCUCUGUGAUUAUAUACAAAUACUUCCGAGGAGUUUUCUUUGGUCUCUAUAAGAAGCUGGUAUUCUCUGUGCUUGAGGAAAAAACCCAAGAGGAAAAUAUACACAAAUAUGAUGCCUAUUUGUGCUACACUCAAAAAGAUUUCCAGUGGGUGGAAAAUGUCUUUCUCAAAAACCUGGAUUCAGAGUAUUGUGAAAGCAACCGGUUCAAUCUGUGUUUUGAGGAAAGGAACUUUAUACCUGGGGAAGAUCAUAUUGUAAAUAUUCGUGAUGCCAUCUGGAGCAGCAAGAAGACCAUUUGUAUUGUGACCAAGCAGUUCUUGAAGGAUGGGUGGUGCGUCGAAGCUUUUAAUUAUGCACAAAGCCGCUAUUUUACCGAUUUGAAGGACAUACUGAUCAUGGUGGUGGUUGGAUCGCUCUCAGACUACCAAUUAAGACAAUACAAACCAAUACGGACUUACAUACAAAGGUGUCAGUAUUUAAAAUGGCCUGAGGAGUACCAGGAUGUAGACUGGUUUCUAGGCAGACUUUCCCACAAAAUAUUGCAGAAGGAAAAGGUAGACGACAAAGAGGUCAAAGUUGCAUCAAUAUCGUCUACGCUAGAGCUACAGCAAAUAGUACCAGUGUCCUGAGUUGCUCCAUAAUGAACC